AUGAGUGAAGUUGCUGUUUCAGAUGUUUAUAUCGAUGAUUCCAUAUCAUUUGAAUCUUUCAAAUUAGAUCCAAGAUUAAUCCAAGCUAUAAAACAACUUGGUUUUAAAAAUCCAACUUUAGUUCAAUCAAAAGCUAUUCCAUUAGCAUUACAAGAAAAAAGAGAUAUUAUUGCUAAAGCUUCAACAGGUUCUGGUAAAACAGUCGCUUAUUCUGUCCCUGUGGUACAAUCUAUCUUAAAUGCUAAAGCUAAUAACAAUUCUUCAGAUCAUGAAAUUUCUUCAAUUAUUUUAGUACCAACAAAAGAAUUAGCUACACAAGUUACUUCAUUUUUGGAAAAAUUAAUCUUAUAUUGUGGUAAAAGUAUUAAGAUAUUAAAUUUAUCAAAUCAAAUCAAUGAACAAGUUCAACAUUCUUUAUUAUUAGAAAAUCCUGAAAUUUUAGUUUCAACUCCCUCAAGAUUAAUAAAUUCAUUACAGAAAAACAAUGAUUCAAUAGAUCUAAGUAAGUUAACUUAUUUAGUCAUUGAUGAAGUUGAUUUAAUCUUAAGUUAUGGUUAUCAAGAAGAUUUAGAUAAAUUAGCAAGUUAUUUACCUUUGAAAAAAACUUUACAAACUUUUUUAAUGUCUGCAACAUUAAGUGAAGAUAUCCAGGAUUUAAAAACAAAAUUUUGUCGUUCUCCAGCAAUUUUAAAGUUAAAUGAUGAUGAAUUAAAUAAUAAAUCUAAAUUAGUUCAAUAUUAUGCUAAAACAACAGAAUUUGAUAAAUUUUUAUUAUCUUAUGUUAUUUUUAAAUUAAAUUUAAUUAAAGGUAAAACUUUAAUUUUUGUUAAUAAUAUUGAUAGAGGUUAUAGAUUAAAAUUAUUUUUAGAACAAUUUGGUAUUAAGAGUUGUAUCUUAAAUAGUGAAUUACCAAUUAAUUCAAGAUUACAUAUUGUUGAUGAAUAUAAUAAAAAUGUUUAUAAUUUAUUAAUUGCAACUGAUGAUAGUGAUAAUAUUCAAGAAAAUGAUGAAGAAGAUGAAGAUCAAGAAGGUGAAGGAGAAGUGGAAAAUAAUGAUAAAUCCAAUAAGAAAGAUUCAAAAUUGAAAAAAGAUAAAGAAUAUGGUGUUUCAAGAGGUGUUGAUUUUAAAAAUGUUGCAUGUGUAUUAAAUUUUGAUUUACCAUUAAGUGCAAAAUCUUAUGUUCAUAGAGUUGGUAGAACUGCAAGAGCUGGUAAGGCAGGUAUUUCUUUAUCAUUUGUGAUACCAGAAAAAGAAGUUGGUAAACAUAAAGCUUCAUUUUUGAAAAGUACUAAAAGAGAUGAAAAAAUUUUACGUCGUAUUAUAAAACAACAAAAUAAAUUAGGAUUUGAAAUUAAACCAUAUCAAUUUGAUAUGAAACAGGUUGAAGGUUUCAGAUAUAGAUCAGAAGAUGCAUUUAGAUCAGUUACACAAGUUUCAAUUAGAGAAGCAAGAGUUAAAGAAUUAAAGAAUGAAUUAUUAACAAAUGAAAAAUUAAAAAGACAUUUUGAAGAAAAUCCUCAAGAUUUAGCAAGUUUAAGACAUGAUAAAGAAUUACACCCGGCAAGAGUUCAAACUCAUUUAAAAAGAAUUCCAAAUUAUCUUUUACCUGAAGGUGCAAGAACUGAUGAAAAAAAAAUUAGUUUUGUACCUUUCCAUAAAAAUAAAAUUAAUAAGAAAAAAAUGGGUAAGAAAAAAGGUGGGAAAAUUGAUCCUUUAAAAUCUUUUAAAUCAAAGAAAUGA